AUCUUGAAUUUAGCGACAUAAAAGUCGAGUAUACAAUUUUUAUGUUGUGUUUUCCAAGAGUUUUGGUAAUAGAUAAACUGACAUCGUUUAUAAUUCAUGGAAGCCGUCUUUGAUCUGAUACAUUAUCACCACAGUCUCAACUCUAAACUAGUCUUGAUAUCAGCAAGUCGCCACAACUAGCUCCACUAACUGUUGCUCUGCAGACCACGAUAGUAUUCAUCUGGACGUCUUGCCGGCAACUUCAAAUAUUUUAACUAUUAAAUGAUAUAGCAAUCAUGAUGAACUCUCUAUGUAGGAUCAGUUAUCGGACAAAAGUUGCUCCAUUGAGAUUUUUUUCUGUUUCUGCUGUUCAUAAUGCAAAGCAUUCAUGUAAAGUGCUAGUGAUUGGGGGUGGAUCAGGAGGUUGCACAAUAGCCGCAAAGUUUGCUAGGAGAUUAAAAAAAGGCUCUGUCAUUGUUUUAGAACCAAGUCCUGACCAUUACUAUCAACCACUUUUUACUCUCGUGGGGGCCGGAGUGACUUCAGUGGCAGCGACACGUCGUAGUGCGAAGAGUGUUCUACCCUCCAACGCAACUUGGGUCAAAGAUACCGCGCAGUGUAUAGAUGCUGAGAACAAUGUCGUUACAACAGCUGAAGGUCAUGAAAUAAACUACGAUUAUGCAGUUAUCGGUGUCGGAUUGCAGUAUGAUUAUGAUAAGGUACCCGGCCUCCGAGACGCCUUGAACGAUAAAUCCAGUUGUGUAUCAACGAUAUACUCUCCUGACUAUUGUGAGAAAACCUGGAGUGACAUCCGUAACUUCAAGGGUGGUGAGGCAGUGUUCACAUACCCGGAUACACCAAUAAAAUGCCCUGGUGCUCCUCAAAAGAUCGCAUACAUGGCGGACUCGUACUUUGAUAAGACGGCAAUUCGCUCGCGUGUUAACAUUACAUACAACACUUGCCUCCCGGUUAUAUUCGGUGUGAAGAAAUAUGCUGAUGUUCUUAUGGAAGUCGUCAAGAAGAAACGAAUCAACGUGAAUUACAAGACAGUGCUGAAAGAGGUCCAUGCUGAUAAGAAGGAAGCUGUGUUUUUCGUCGCUGAUGAUAAGACCAAGGAAAUAACACUCCCAUACGACAUGCUGCACGUAACGCCGCCUAUGUAUACACCUGCGUUUCUCCGGAACAGCCCAGAUAUUGUUGAUGGAUGUGGUUACCUGGAUGUGGAUAAAUUCACCCUUCAGCAUAAGAAGUACUCGAAUAUAUACGGCAUUGGUGAUUGCACAAACACACCCAACAGCAAGACUGCUGCUGCUAUAGCUAAACAAUCAUACGUCGUAGAACAUAACCUGCUCAGUACAAUGUCGGGUAAAAAAAGCCUCGAUCAAAAAUACAACGGGUAUGGUGCAUGUCCUAUAGUCACUCAGUAUGGGAAGUGUAUACUCGCGGAGUUCGUAUAUGAUGGCGUGCCAAGGGAGACGUUGCCCAUUAACCAGGCACGGGAAAGUAUAUUGGCGUACUACAUGAAGAGGGAUCUUUUCCCAUUCCUCUAUUGGCACUUCAUGUUAAAGGGGUACUACCAUGGGCCUGAGUGGGUGCGGCAGAUCAUCAAUCCUCUAGCUAAGUAAACAUAGCUAUACGUAUUGUAAAAUGCACCUUAAUUCAAGGCAGUUAAGAACAAUCGAAACACGGGGCACAUAUUUUUUAUGAAACUAAUAGUAAUUUAUGCCCGUUGUGGAUUUGCUUUGUGUAUGUAUGAAGUAUUUUGUAAAUUAUGAAACUCAGCUGGUAAAUUGAUAGCCUCAUUGUAAGUUGAUAUAACUUUAAAGAAAUGUGAACUGUUAAUUUUGUGUAUUUGUAAUAAACAUGACGUGCAAAAUUUUGUCUGCUCAAUGUAUGUUCGUUACCUAUUAUCCAAUAGUUGCGCAAUUUUAACAAUAAUUUUAUCAUGCAUAUCUCAUUUACGUAAUUGAUAGGCUUGGCAAUCUAAGCAUAAUACAAUUAUCGCAAUGUUUUGUGUAAAUAAUAAUAAUCGAUUGGUUUGCAAAUAUAUUUUAUAUUGAUAAUGCUUAUCCAAGAACCUAUUUGCCUGAUUUCGAAUUUGUCAAAAUUAAUUGUCUAUGUUAUUUGACGUUUUAGACUGACAUUAAAAUACCCAAAUAGACAUUUAUUAAAUAUAUUUCUACAGUAAUUUUAUUACAAAUAUUUUCUGUUAUAUCUUUGUAAAUAACGGUUUAUGUGAUAAAUUGUAUUUAUUAUUAUUUUAAGUUAAAUCACAUUUAUUCUUAGCAUAGUAUCGCGUUGAUAUUAUUGGUAAUGUAUUUGAGAUUUUUAUUUAUUGUUUAAUAAAUGGUUUAAUGUUAA